AUGUCAGCUCUCCGCCAACGCUCUCCGACAACUCUGCUCUUGACACUGGACGCGUUCAACACGAUAUUCCACCCUCGCCAACACGUCGCAGUCCAGUACACUCAAGUUGCUAAAGCUGCUGGCUUUUUAUCCUCGAGUGUCUCUCCAGAAACAGUCCAAGCUGCGUUUAAGUCUGCGUACAAGCGAGAAAGUGCUUCAAGGCCGAAUUAUGGGCGUAACACGCCAGGAUUCGGCGGCCCGAGAGAGUGGUGGGCUAAUGUUAUCCGGGACUGCUUUUCGCGAGUUCAGGGGAAAGCAGCUGAGGUGAACGGUGGUUCAGGAGUGAUGACGGGGCAGGAAGUCCCUGACUCGUUGGUGGCAGAGCUGCUUCAGCGGUUCGAGGGCAAAGAAGGGUAUGCACCUUUUGAAGAUGUGGAGGGAUUCUUUAGCCGACUAAAGGCCUGGAAAGGAGAGUUGGAAGAGAAGGGGAAAGUUGGAUGUUCUGGCAGCAACCAUAUCAAGAGAAUCGUCGUAGGAAUCAUUUCCAACUCUGACGACAGAAUAUCUCCUAUUUUGAACUCGCUGGGUAUAUCAGUUGGCAGCGCCUGGGCGGAUACCGGAGAAUUACUUCCUCGUGGACCUACGUCAACUUCCACUGGUGGCAAAAUCAAGUUGAAUGAUAUUGAUUUCAUUGUGACAAGCUACGAGGCUGGAGAUGAGAAGCCACAUCCCCGGAUAUUUGAUAUAGCCAAAACUCGGGCCAAGGAGCACCUGCUGGCUACAGAUCCAUCAUACGAGGAAGAUGAUAGCUGGAGGCGUAUCCAUAUUGGCGACGAUUACGACCAUGACUACCAAGGGGCUACCAAUUCUGGCUGGGAAAACUUCCUGUUACUCAGGGGCGGGAUGGACUAUCUCCCUGGUACAAAUCACCAGACGAUAGGAAGUGAAGUGAAGACUCUUCGCUCCCUGAAUGACUUGUAUCCGCACUUGGGUGUGAAAUAG